AUGAAAUGGUUUCAUUAAGACAAGAAAAGAAACACUUAUGAAGGAGAUGAUAACUUCUUAGGUCUUGAAGGAAAGCGCAUCUUUCAUUAUAUCGACACUCUCAUCUCACAGGAAACAAAAGCAACCCAUGAGAAGAUUUAUGAAUUUAAAGAUCCAGAGGAAAUCUAUUAGUAAUGGAACGAGGAAAGUUAGGAGGAAACCUACAGAAGUGAAGACGAACCCGAUUGGACUGAAAUGAUACUCGAGGCACAAGAUGAAUUCAUGGUAGGUCCAUUUUUACAAUUUACUUGA